GGGGUCGCAGAUAGUCGGGACAGGACUAAGCGACUAACACAGAUGGUCCACGCAGUUAAUCAAGAAUUGACAGUAAGUUUUUUGUUGUUUGUGUUUUGACAAGACUGGAAGAGUUCAGCAAAGCUGUUACCUUAGGUAAUGUCGUUAGAAAAGGGGGUUAAAAAAGAACUACUGUUCUCUUUAGCAUACCAGUUAGUCCAAUAGGCCUGAAGACACCAUGCAGUCCUUUCUAACAUGUACACAAAAUUGCCAAAAUGUGAACUUGUAUUAAAAUUGAGGAUAAAAAGAACUACAUUCAGGGUCAGUAAUUAGAUUUCAGGAAUGAGGAAUUCACAGAUACUUAAAAUUAACAUUCGUCACGCCAGAAGAAAAGGCAUUAUACAAUUUCAAUAAAUUUAAUGAAAUAUCACAGCCACAAGAGUUGGGUUAAUUAAUUGUUCAGCUUUCCAUUUAGUGUUCUCUUCAUGUUUAAAUUACAUUCAGUAAUUUUAAAAAAUGUUUUAAACUUUUUUUUUUCUUCAAAUACUUUAAACGGAGCCGUGAUGAAGACGUUAAGAAUCUACCUUACACUGUGUUCAAAAGGCCAGCAGAUGGCGCCCCGCAAGCCCAGUAGGCAAAAGGAACGCCUUCCCCAGCAUUGCCUGCAUCCGGGUUAUUGUAAACCUAAUGGAUAGCGAAACUCUGUGGUUUUAACUGACGUGAUGGUGCAUACAAAGAGUAAUCUGAUAGCCAGAGCCAGGUUGUUUAGGAUUAAGUGGUUUUUUUUGCUCUUCACGUUACUGAUCAGUUCUAUGCAGUCAAAAAGAUUAUGAUAUUUUAGUGGGGCAGAGAUGUAACCAGCUUUUCUCCAUUCUUUUCAUUAAUCUCUCACCAUUCUGCACUAAGAACUGAGCUUAAAAAAAAAAAAGCGUCUAAAAUUAGUUCCACUCGUCUCAUCCAUUAGUAGAUCAUGGGUGUGUGUUUGGAGGAUAUGGGCUUUUUUCCCCCUCUCAUUCUGAACCAAGUGGCACAAGAUGUGUUAGCCUCUAGUGUACCCUGCCUGGAGAAUAAAGACAUGCCAGGUGUAAUGCACUGGGGGACUUGCCCUCAGUGACCUGCACAGGUAUGCAGCAUGUGCCUAGAAUGUUCUUAGCACACAUCAUUAUGCACUGGGAAUUCUGACUGACUCUUGCCAAAGCUGAGAUACUAAUACUCAACUUUUGAAAAUUGCCAUUAAGAAUACCAGCCAAAACUUUAGGACUCCAAACUCCAAGAUGAGUGCCACAAUUAACUGACAAUAAUUUUAGAAUCAUUUAGUGUUUCCUCAUACAUAAAGUGGUCUCAAAAUUGCUAUGAAAACAAAAAGAAAAAAUAGGAAACUUUUUGAAUAAUGCAAAAAAUCUGUUUUGGAAAGAAGGCUAUAAGAAAGCAUCUGUGCCAAUGGCCUAUAAACAUUUUCUAUACUUAACAGAGGCAUUUCAGUGGAUAAAAUCGUAAAUAUCUACUUUCAGUUUUACUUAAUGUAAAAUUUACUAACCUCUUUUCCUUUUUCUUGGUUUCCUCCAUCUUUGUAAAAGAGUCCCACACCCUCUGUUUUCAUUUUUCUUAGGAGCGUGUUCAGAGAGGAUCCAGGAAAGAUAAGGGCAGUGGCAGGUAGACUGGAGGAGGGUACACUGAUGCUGAAGUACUAUGAGCUUUCAGAACUUCUGGAAGGACUACAAAGUUCUGGUGGUUAUGGUACCUCUGAUUGGGUUCAUACAUUUGGGGUGGCACAGGAUCAAAAGCAGCCCUGUUUUCCAAAUUCCUAGUAAGGACAACCUCUCUGAACCAGACACUCUGGCAAUUACAAGUCCUAAGAAGAACCACCUCCCAGGGAAGUAGCAGGCUUGCAAGUUUCAGAAAGAAGCAGCUCUGAGUCAGAGCUUGAGCUAGAAAGAAGAGAUGAAAAAUAGCAGUUGGAUCAGAAAGAACUGGCUUCUUGUAGCUGUGAUUUCCUUCAUAGGUGUCCAUCUUGGGACGUAUUUUAUACAGAGGGCUGCAAAACAGUCUGUAAAGUCUCAGCCUGAAGGCAAACAAAAGAAUUUGAAUAAUGGAGUAAAAUAAAUAUUUGGAAUUACUAAAAUGUCAUUAUAUUGAUCAUUAUGUGCUGAUUAGCUUCAUAAGCAAGGAGCUCAGUAUUUAAUUUUACAGCCACCAUGCUGUAAAUCCGAACUCUGAUUCCUGAAAGAUAAUCUUGUUAAAAUGUUAAAACCCUCGACAAUACAAUGAAUAGAAAACUCUGGUUAACAAAAUAAAAGCUUUCUUCGCAAAUUACCGCUUGCAGUAACAUGUCCCGUUUAGAAGCUAAAAAGCCCUCGAUCUGCAGCAGGGAACCCCUGCCGGGCGGGCGCGCCGGGGCCAGCCUGGCGGCCUUGCGGGGCCUCGUCGCGUCGUGCUACGGCCCCGCGGGCCGGCUGAAGCAGCUGCACAACGGCCGCGGCGGCCCCGUGGCCGCCACCUCGCAUUCGGCCGCCCUGCUCGCCGGCCUGCCUGUCAGCCACCCGGUGCUGAAGGUCCUGACGGCCGCCGUGCGCAGUCACGUGGCCUGCUUCAGCGACGCCGGCUUAUUCACCGCCAUCCUGUGCUGCAACCUCGUCGAAAAUGUUCAGAGACUAGGCUUGACACCCACCACGGUUAUUAGGUUAAAUAAGCAUCUUUUGAGCCUCUGCACCAGUUACCUGAAAUCUGAGGUCUGUGCUUGCCGAAUCCCAGUCGACUUUGGUAGCAUUCAGAUCCUCCUGAGUUUGGUACGCAGCAUAUUAACCAGUAAACCUGCCUGCAUGCUCAUCGCAAAGGAGAUUGACCACAUCAGUACUCUGAUUCUGAGAGCCUUUCUGCUUACCAUUCCAGAGAACGCCCAAGAGCACGUCAUUUUAGGAAAGAGUAUAAUUGUCCCUUUAAAAGGGCAAAGGGUUAUAGAUUCUACCGUGUUACCCGGAAUACUUAUUGAAGUAUCAGAAGUUCAACUGAUGAAGAUACUACCUAUCAAAAAAUCAGAUUCCUUCAAGGUGGCAGUCUUUUGCGUGUCUUUGUCCGGAGACCUUUCUGAUACUGGAGAAGGAACCCUGUUGGUCAGUUACGGAGUUUCUCUUGAAAAUGCAGCUCUAGACCAGUUGUUCAACCUAGGAAAACAACUGGUUAGUGACCAUGUAGAUCUUGUCUUGUGUCAAAAAGUUAUACACCCGUCUCUGAAACAGUUUCUCAGAACUCAUCAGAUUAUCGCUGUAGACAGAAUUGGAGUGUCUUUGAUGGAACCGCUGAGUAAAGUGACAGGAACACGGCCUAUUGGUUCCUUGGGCUCAAUCUCUCCCAGUAGUUAUGGAACUGUAAAAGAUUUGUGCAUUGCAAAGUUUGGCUGCAAACAUUUUUUUCAUCUUAUUCCUAACAAAACAACUGUCUGUAGCCUGCUUCUCUGCAACAGAAAUGACACAGCCUGGGAUGAGCUGAAGCUCACGUGUCAAACAGCACUGCAUGCUUUGCAGUUAACACUCAAGGAACCGUACGUUUUGUUGGGAGGCGGCUGUACUGAAACUCAUUUGGUGGCAUAUAUCAGAAACAAGACCCGUAAUGAGCCAGAAAGCAUUCUUCGAGGUGAGAGAUGCUCUCAGACAGAGCUCCAGCUGAUCACUGAAGCGUUCUGCAGUGCACUUGAAUCUCUCGCUGGCUCCUUAGAGCACGACGGAGGUGAAGUUCUUACCGAUGGCAAGUAUGGACACUUCUGGUCAGUUCAGGCCAACUUGCCUUCUGCUGUGAACUGGCCAGAUUUGCCUUCCAGAUGUGGCUGUGGACUCUACAGCAGCCAGGAAGAACUCAGCUGGUCCUUCCUGAGAAGUGCUCGCCAUCCCUUCCCACCGCAAACCUGCCUUUCCCCUGAAGCCAAAGGCUCAGCCGACACUCUGACCUUGGACUGUUUUACUGCAAAGCUUAGUGGCCUGCAGGUGGCUGUGGAGACUGCCAGUUUGAUUUUGGAUCUUUCAUGUGUCAUUGAAGAUACAAACUGAUACAAUGUUACCAUAUAAAAAGAAAAGCUAGUGACAUGUCAAUAAAGAGAAAUAUUGCAUUUAUA